AUGUCAGUAAACGAAACAUCCAACGGAACUAAUAGACUCAGCAACAGAAUUCAGCAAUUAGCUGAGGAUCUCUCAAAAGAAAUAAGGAAACACCAACCCAAUAUAAUUAUUCAAGUCGACUUCAUAGGACCACAACAGAUUGAAAAUGGAUUUUCUGACGAUUUGAUCAUACCAAUCGAAUUAAAUCCAAAAAUUAUGCAAUUAGCAGAAAUAUUACGCCCAAUUAAACAACGAUCAUUCAAAGAACGAGAAAUU